AUGGCGUCUGAUCGAAAAGCUGCAUUAGGCAAGCACCGGUGUAAAAGGAGGAGAAGGAGAAGGGAGACCUUUGGCGUACAUAUCUACAAGGUGCUGAGACAGCUGCACCCCGACAUCAGCCUCUCAAAGAAGACCGUUCUCAUCGUGGACUGUUUUUUAACAGACAUUUUGGAGCGCAUCGCAGAAGAGGCUUCUCGUUUGGCUACCUACAACAGACGAUCCACCAUCAACAGCCGGGAAAUCCAGACAGCCGUGAAACUUAUCGUGCCUGGAUAUCUCGCCAAGUUUGCUGCCAUUGAAGGGACCAAAGCCGUCCAAAAGUAUACCAGCUCCAAGUGA